UUACUUUUGCCGUAUUUGCUACCGAAGUGCUGCUGUAGCUUCAUCUAAGCCUGUACGUCCUAGUUUUUGCACUUUGUUUUUUGACUUCUACGCCAUUUUCACAAGACCGAAAAUCAGGUAACUUAUGAAUUUUAGUGAUUCUGAUUCUAGUGAAGAGUUCUAUUCUCCUCUCACUCUUUCUGAUUUAGAUCUAAGUCCUUUUAAGGAGGUUAAGUUUAGAAGUGAGAGUGACAUUGAGCGUGAGUUGGAAUUUUUUGAAGAUCUUGAUUACAUCCCCCCUCUUACUCUGUGCAGUGAAAGUUACGAGACUGAAGAGAUGUCUUUUGAGGAAACGUUGAGCAUUGGGGGGAGCAAGGAAGUAAGAAUGUUGGAGUACAGUGAAGUGGAUAUGAAGAGUGGGUCGUCUGGGUCUGAGAGAACAGAGGGAGAGAUGGGUGGACAGGAGAUAGUUGAGGGUGAAGGUGAGGGUGAAGGUGAGGGUGAAGGUAUUCCCUCAAACAUUUUAGAGAUUGAUAAUGGAGUUGAUAGGUGUUAUGAUAUAGGGGCGGAUAUUGUCUCCGAAGUGAAGGGGCCUGCUGGGGUGGAGGAGAAGGCAUGCUUAGCACCACAGAAUCAUUGGAUGCCUAUGUAUGCUCAUUAUUUGGCAACAAGGCUUAGGUUUCCAAUGCCAGAUUUGUUGGUGUGGUUAUUGCUGGAGUAUAGCAUAGCUAAGAUUGACAAAUUUUUGGGUGCUGCUUGUGGGAUGGCCAUUCCCAAAAAGCCAAGGAAGAAGUCAAAGACUUCAGAUGUGGCGAGUGAGGGAGGAGCUGGGGACAAAGAGAAGGAGCAACCUUCCAGUUCGUCAGCUCAAACUCCAGGUGUACAACCAAGGCCAGAGCUCAAGAGGAAAAGAAAUCCCGAAGUUAGAGAGAUUGGGGUUACAACCCAUGGUAAGGGCAAAGCUCUUGUUCCUCCUCCCUUGCUUCAGAACAAUCUUUUUGACACAAAGAACACCAUGGCGGCGAAAAACUUUUUAAAUGCAUACCUUCUUGAAGUGGAUCGCCGCCGAGCAAAGGAGGAGGUGCUGAUUCAUGGAGGGAGUUCAAUGGCGAAGCAUGCCUUGGAGAAGCAGAACGAUAAGCUGCAGAAGGAGAAGGAUGAGAUGCAGCAGAAACUGGAUGAGGUGCUGUUGGUGCAUAACGGAAUGGAAGAGCACAUUGCUAAUUUCCUCAAUUCCAACUUGUUUGACAACAUUGUCAACCUCUACCAGCUGCCUACUGCGAUCCUUGCCUUCACUGAUUGCAGAAAGAAGGUGAAAGUUGAGUAUCCCGAAGUGGAUGUAACGAAGAUCAUCUUCGGCAAACAAGAGGAAGGAGUGGAGGAGAGUGGUGAAAGCAUGUCAGCUAACUUCCGACCUCAGAUUAAGCUAAGCUCUGGUCCUGACAGUACCGUUCUCUCUCAAAACGCUCCCAGAUCCAACGCUAGAGGAAUCGACGGCGGUGGAAGAAAACACAUCAAUUGAGAAUGUCUCUGAUGAAUCGCUGAAUUCUUCACCGUGUGCUUGAUCCAUGUGAUCUUCAGCAGAUUCUUGUUUUCUAGUGUUAGCCAUUGCGAAAUUGAUGAAAUUUAUCUCAAUUCCAAAUGAAUUUGCAAAAAACGG